AUGUGUGAUGCGUCGCGCUUCCUCAGCGUGUCAGAGUGUCUAGGGCGAAUGAAGGACACGUCCAAAGUAGAUGGCGGGCAUCCGCUGCAGACGCAGCAGCAGAGCCCUUCGGACACUGGACGUCAUCUUCCCAUUGUUGACCCCAAGAACAAGAUAGCAGCUGCCUUGCUGAGCGGCUGCCUGCUCACUGUCAUCGCGGUCUUCCUACUCAUGCCAAUCGUUUCAAGAUCCGGCACUACAGCACGAAGAGGGUGUCUCAUCGCGAGCACACCGCACGGCUACGCCCAGGGAAGCCUGCUUCAGUUUGAAAUCGGCGGCAAAUUGUACAGCUCUGUCGCCUUCUACGGCAUCCCGUUCGGCGCCCCGACGGCCGGAGACGCACGGUUCGCUGAGCCCCGGUGCGCCCAACCGUUGCGCGGCGUGUUCAACGCCACGUACAAGCGACCGCCCUGCGCCCAGUCCGACACGCAUAUGAGUCGCAAUUACACCAUCAACGCCUCCAACACCACCGAAGACUGCCUGCACGUCAACGUCUGGGUGCCCGGUAGCUGCGUGAACGACCUGCUGGGCCAUGAAAACCGCCGCGCCGUCGUCUUCUGGAUCUUCGGCGGCUCCUUCGUGUCCGGAGGCAACAGCUACGACUUCUUCGACGGCCGCUUCGUGGCCGGCUUGGGAGACGUGCUCGUCGUGAUGCCUAACUACCGGGUGGCGUCCUUCGGCUUCCUCAACUCGGGAACGGGCCAACAAGUAGCGGGCAACAUGGGGCUGUACGACCAGCUUCUGGCACUUCGCUGGCUUCGCGACAACGUCCAUCGGUUCGGCGGCGACAGCGACCGCGUACUGAUCGCCGGCCAGAGCGCCGGUGCCAUCACGUCCAACAUGUUCAUGGUGAGCCCGAUAAUGUCGCAGUACGGCCCAUACCGCAGGGCGUUUCUCAUGAGCGGCUCGGCGUCCGUUCCGAUGCCCAAGAACAAGGGACACGUCGCGCGACGGAGCUUCAAGCGCCUGGCUGCCAAAGCCGGCUGCGAGUCGGCGCGCGUCGCGGACACUGUGCGCUGCCUCCGAAACCGAACCACGUCGGAGAUCUUGGAGGCCACCAGGAGUGUUGCUUUGGAUCUUAUGCCGACCUUCCAGGCGCCCCUGUUGCCGGGCGAGUUGGACUCUCUCGAGCGGCGGUUCAUAGCGGCCCGAGCCCGGGACACCCUCAUCUCCAACGUGGCGAUGGAAGGGCAGGCCUUCUACGAAAUGCUCUUGCCAGACAUAGCAGGUACGCAAAAAAGAAUAACGGUGAAAGUGCUGAAAGAAACCUUUUCCUAUUUGUUCGGCGACGUGCCAGACCGUGAGGUGGAACUGGCCAUGGGUCUUCUGGGGAACGUGUUCGACCUCGACGCCCCCAACCACCGGGGUUGGAUAAAUGCUAUCGGGGACAUUAUGUUCCGUUGCCCAGUCGCUGCCUUCGGGAGAGGUUUGGCUGCACUGGGAAAGAAUGUGUACUACUUGCAGUACACGCCCAGACCUUCUUUUUCCCUGUUUUCCGGAGAAAAAGCGACGCACGGAGACGACGUGCCGAUGCUGUUUGGGUUGCCGUACUUGUACCCGCACUUCGCUACUGACGAAGACAGGGCCAUGUCCCACCGCAUGAUCACAAUGGUGUCCAGUUUCGCAAAAGACGGGUCUCUCCCGAACCUGGCGGACGGCAGGCCGUGGCCACUGUUCUCGAAGGCUUCCAACUACUCAUUAGUGGACCUCGCGAACUCUGGUUUCACGCCUGUCGGUCCCUCUCCCGAAUGUCCCUUCGACAGUAUCAUCAAGAAGCUCUUGAAUAGAGACCCGUCUGGCCGGCGAGCGAUCGACGGUGCUCGGACGUCCGAAGUCGUCCGCUUGGUACUGGAAAUGUUCGCCACGAUACCGGCGCGAGCUUUUGAGAUCGCCGCCAGCGCUCACGCCAAUGCUUACAAAAGCCAAUGAAUAUGCAAUACCCUCGAGCCCUCCGGUG